AUGAUAUUGUCCGACGACAACACUGAGACCGAUAAAGAAACCAACGAAGCAAAAUCCACCCAUUCACUUCGCGCAUUCGACGCCGCAAAAGCGAGAAUCCGGCAACUCAAAGAGCAAGCCGAAAAAGCGCAACGCGAGCUCCUCGCCGAGCAAGAAAAGACAAAAACCCUCCAGACCGAAAAGGAUGAACUAACCUCCCUAAUAACCGCCCUCAAAGCCGACAAACAAGACUAUAUCAACGAAAUGCUCGCCACAGAAGAAGAAAGACUAAACCUAAAGACGCAGAACGCAAAUCUAACCACCCAACUCAAGCAGCUGGCUACGCAGAAAGAAGACGUAGUAUCAGCCAAACUUCAACUUGGCACAGAAAACAUCCUCCUUCGCGACGAAAACCGGCGCCUCAAAGAAUCCUCCUCCUCUGCAAGUACCGCAGCUCCGCCACCGACACUGCAGUCUACAUCCACAUCUAUGCUCCUACCUGCCUCCCCCGCGCCAUCCAGCAUCGUCUUUGCAGAAGAAGAUAUAAAGCUAGAUAACGUGCGUAAAGUGUAUGCGCAGUUGAAAAGGAAGCAGGAUAGUCUCAAGGGUAUAGCGAGACAGAUGAUGUGGUGCACGAGGAAUAUGGUGUUGGGUGAGUUUGGGGAGUUUGGGGUAAUGGUGAGGAGGUUGAGGGAGUGGAUGGAGGAGGAUGAGCAGCAGCAGGGGACGAAGAAGCAGAAGCAGAGGGUGGGGACAGGUGGGUAA